AUGAACAGCGAUGUCAAGCGACGGAUCUCGUUCUCGGCCGACUCAGUGCUGACUGCCGUGGUACAAGAUGCAGACACCAGCGAGCUUGUGCGCAUACUGGACAACCACGGAGACGAGAUCCGGGUCAACCAGGUCAACCAUGUGGGAUUGACAGCCUUGCAUCACGGCGUCCUUAGCAACAACUUGGACGCUGUGAAGCUGUUGCUGUGCAACGGUGCUGACGUCAACGUGCAAGACAUUCACGGCUUCUCGCCGUUGCACACCGCGGCGGCCUGCGGGUUUACCCAGAUUGCCAGUCUGUUGGUGCUGUACGGUGCAGACGUCUUCUCUCUGACCACCCAGAAAGAGAUGCCCAUUGACGUGGCCAAGGACAUUGGGGUCAUCCGCCUCCUGUCGGAGGAGAUGCGGAGACACCACCAUCAGGAGCUGUUCCUCACCGCAUUCAUGUGUAGAAAAGCCCAGGAUGCCUGGACGAUCCUCAGACAGCAGACGUUGCGACUUGUGGAUGAGUUUAUGCAAAUGUUGAUUCAGAUGUGGAAAAGACACCGGACAAAACAGAAUUUGAAAAUGGAGUAG